AUGAGCAGCAGAACCACAGUGAGCACAGCCGUGAAGAUCGCCACGCUGGUGGUGGUGGUGGCGAAGUUCUCCGCAGACCUCGAAGUGGAGGAGCAGCCGAGCCACGUGACAGGCAACGAGGAGACAGAGCGAGGCCUCGUGGCGAGGCUCACUGAGGAGGAGGAUUUGACGAGGACGAUGAUGGCGGAGCUGCGGGGAUCGUCGUCGUUGUUGGUGCCCGUGGGGCUCUGUGUCGCGUGCUGUGUCGGUCUCGUCGCCUGUGCCGGUGUAGAGACCGACGCCACGGCCCCCUCCGCGCCCCCACAGAACAUCACGUGCGUGGCCCUCAACUCCAGCAGCCUGCUGGUCAGCUGGGAGCCGCCACCCGCUCACGGCCAGCAAGACGGCGGCGGCGGCGGCGUCACGGGGUACACGGUGGCCUACAGGGAGCUGCCCAGCCAAGGCGUGGCGCACGCAGCAGACGCAGACGACGGCUCGGGGGAUGGGGACGACGACGACGACGAAGAAGAAGGGGACGAUGACCAAGGGGAUGACGAUGACCAAGGGGACCACCAAGGGGACCACCAAGGGGACUACGACCAAGGGGACCACCACCAAGGGGACGAGGAAGGGGACGGCUCGGGAAGGCGGCCGAGCCGGGGGGGCGGCUGGCGCCGGACGCCGCGUCAGCCCGCGUACCGGAGGAGCGUGACGCUGCACGGGCUGACCAGGUGGGCCCCCUACGAGGUGACGGUGCGGGCCUACACGGGGGCCAGCCCGGGGCCCUCGUCGCCGCCCGUCCAGGCUCGCACGCGCGACGAUGCCACCACCACCACUACCACCUCCCGCUCCUCCCCACCCUCGUCCGGGGUGUCUACGGGAGACAAGGCGACGCUCCCCUCCAGCGGCAGUAGCAGCGCCUCCAUCAGCUUCCUGUCGGUCAUAACGGUGCUGGCGAUCCUCCCCUUCCUGAUGUGCACCGUGUGGGGCAGAGAGAGCGCCGGCAAGCGUCCCGAGCCAUUUGGCUGCUGCUCUUUAUUUGCCACCCGAUGA